AGCAAAUGAAGAUGAAAUCAUACUUCAUUGAGACCAUCCUUCUUGUGAUCAUUGUUAGCCCUAGUGUUGCUAUUGUUACACCACCACCACCCGGUCCACCCCUCUAUGUCUUUGGGGACUCUUUGGUUGAUGCCGGAAAUAAUAACCACUUGCAAGAUCCUGCUCCUAAGGCUAAUCAUCCAUUUCAUGGAGUUGAUUACCCUGGAAAUGUUUCAACAGGAAGGUUUUGCAAUGGGUAUAUUGGUUCAGACUAUGUGGCAAUGUGCUUGGGAUAUCCACAAAGCCCACCAGCUUAUCUCUCUAUCACCAAUGAAUUUCAGACGUUAGGAGGAAUUAACUUUGCUUCUGCCGGAUCAGGGAUCUUGAAUUCAACUGGAGAAGGAACACUAUCAUUGGCAACGCAAGUGAUGUAUUUUGAAGGAGCAGCAAGCAAUUUAUCAAGAAGAGUUGGCAAUAUGGCUCCUAACACACUACUAUCAAAAUCCAUCUUCUACAUAAGUUCUGGAAGCAAUGAUAUAUUUGCUUAUUUUUUUGGUUCUAAAAAUCAAACAAAUAAUCAGUUCAUUGCAACUAUGGUGAACAACUUCAGACUCCAUUUGACGAAAUUAUACAAUUGUGGAGCAAGAAAGAUUAUUAUGCUUAGUACAUCAAAUAUUGGGUGCAUUCCAUUUAUAAGAAGUUUAUUUCCCCUGUCAUCUGGUGAUUGUUCAGAGGAGUUAAAUAAUCUUUCUAUUCAAUUUAAAAAUGAAACCAGGGAUCUUCUCCAAAAUCUCACAUCAACAAUGCCUGAAUUGAGAUACACUUUCAUAGACACAUAUGAAAUAGACAGUGAACUUCGAGAAAAUGCACAUCAAUACGGAUUUACAGACUUGACAAAUGCAUGUUGUGGACACUGGAAGGUUUAAUGGAGAAGCUCC